AUGCGGAUCGGCCCCCGCUGUAAGGCAGUGUUUUUCUGUGGAGAGUGUUUCCUCUCAGAUGCCAAACACUGGUGUGCCAAACUGAGCCGUCACAUGAAGCAGGGAGCCCGGCUGGCAGAGCUGCCGUUCAGCUUCACUGCAGUGUCGUGGCGUCAGUACUAUGAGUGGAGGGGCCUCAGUCUGAGCUCUGUCGUGGCCCCCCUGCUCAGCUCCACCCUCUCCAUCUACUACAUCAUCACCUCCCUGCUGCCCAGGCAAUUUCCAGAGAUGCACAUCCUGAGGAAACAGUCCCUGAGGAUCCACAUCAUCGAGUCCUACAGGGAGUCCCAAACUCUGGUCACCUUCUGGGAACUAUCAGUGCUUCUGCCACAUGUGACCUUUGACCUGGUGUUCGUCCGUGAGCGUCUUCCCUGCUGGUGUGACAAAGUACAGCUUGUGAUACAGAAAAUGAAUGGCAGGGUGGUCCUCACUGACUGCAGCCUGCCCCAUGGGGGGGCUGCCAGGGAGGGCGUCAGAGUGAGUCUGCACCGCAGCACCUACAGCGCGCUGCAGGAGCCCCCGCCCGACCUGGUCAUCGGUUUCCAGCCUGCCUUCCUGCAAAAUGACUCUUGGUUGAGCACUCUUCCAAAACUCCAGUCUCUGAGGGUCCCCACCUUCUUCUGUGAGAUGAACGAGCUGCGAUGUGAGCGCAGUGAUCAGGUGAUGAGGGAGGCCACCGGGGGGGCCGUGUCCCGACCCACCAUCAACCCUUUCCACUGCCCGCUGCGCAGGAACGGAGGAGACAACCGGCUGCCACGAUAUUCCAACGGCUUUAUCUUCCACCUCAUUUACAAGCCUUCAGCCAAUCGGCAGCCGCCUGUGGACACACCCCUCAGUGACCUGACCUCAGCCUCCCUGUCCCCGCAGCGCACCUUCAGAGAGAGGAAGGCCGAGCAGCACUGGGGCAGAGAGGGGAAAAAGACUAAUUAA